GUGUGUGUGUGUGUGUGUGUGUGAGAGAGAGAGAGAGAGAGAGAGGAGGGGGGGGGGGUUGAACACAUAUGUUGGUGAGUGAACCAGUGACCAGGUUUAUAGAGAGAACAAAAAGAGGAGACCAAAGCCCUCACAACACGAGGCGGAAGACUAGAAGCAUCUUUUACAAUUUCAGCAUUUGGCUGCAACAGGCUGCAACAACUCUCUGAAGAGAAAAAAAAGCAACAAGGAAACUAACAGGAUUUGAAACACUGAUCAGAUCUGAGGUGAAGCUCAGCUUGACCCUCCUGUGCAGUGCAAACCAGCCGGCUCAUUCUGUUAGUUUCAAAUGGAAGUGAAAAUGCUCUGGAGAUUGACGCUUGCCGUGGCUGUGGUGUGCGUCGGUGGCAUAUGCAACUCUGUGAAGGCUGAUGUAAUGAGCAGACUAAUCAUACCGAGGGACUAUGGGGUGAAACUGUGCGGGAGAGAGUUCAUCAGAGCAGUCAUUUUCACCUGCGGCGGCUCCCGGUGGAAACGAUCCACAGAGGGGGACAUAGAUCCCUUCCAGUGGAGUUCCCUCAGUGAUGUUACAGUUGAAGACAUCCAGCACACCUGGCAGUCAGGCGCAGAGCUCACAGCAGAUAACCUUUCUCCUCUCCAUGUUGGCUCCUCUUACUCCCUGGCAGACCUCCUGGCCCUUUACAGGGCCAGAGGAGACAGGCAGCAGCCGUCGCUGAGUGACUUGGCCCUACUGGAGAAGUCUCAGCGGUCCACAGUUUUAAGCGAGCAAGACGGGAACCCGGCUACAGCUGACUGGGCCAUACCGAGCAAAAAGAAAAGGAACUUUUCUCUGGGUGUGGCAGGGAAGUGCUGUAGCCAGGGCUGUACCAAGAAUGAUAUAGGACGCUUGUGCUGAGGCAGGGAGGAGAAAGGAUGUAAUGCAUGAGUGAAGUCAGAGGGGUUGUGACAUGAAGAUGGUGUAAUGGACAGUGUAGACAGUUGUGGAAAUCUUAAAUAUGAAGGAGAGCAAGUUCACAUCUGCUCUAAGCAUAAUAUUUAAAUAUAUUUUUUCUUUAUUCCCCCUAUUUGUUUAGUUUGUAAAAAAGGUCAUGUUCUGUAUGUACUGUAUGACACCUUAUCAGCAUCAUUGAAAAUAAAUUUUAAAUACUGUGUUAAUAUGAAA